UUUUAUUCUUCACAAAAAAAUUCAUUUUCAUAUGUGAAGAGGGAGAAAAAAAAAGGCAGAUUUUUCAUAUAGCAUGUGCAUGGAGACUACUAUUUCUAACACGGAAAACAAGUCCGUUUUGUCAAAAUUGAAGAACAAAUUCUCAUCGAAAAAGUCGAUUGCAAUCGACGAUACUACUAUUAGUCGUAAUAAUACUCUUUCUGUGAGUAUAAUUACGACUAGUAGUAGCGAAAAUAACGAUCAAUUGGAGAGGGUAUUUACGUACUUUGACGAGGACGGAGAUGGAAAAGUGUCGCCAGCGGAGCUACGGAGGUGUGUGAAGGCGGUAGGCGGAGAUUUAACGACGGAGGAGGCGGAGAUGGCGGUGAGGCUAUCGGAUUCGGACGGGGAUGGGAUGUUAGGGUUAGAAGAUUUUAGUAAAUUGAUGGAAUUAGGAGAAAAGGAUAAUAAAGAGAGUGAGUUAAGAGGAGCAUUUGAGAUGUAUGAAAUGGAAGGAAGUGGCCAAAUUACCCCUAAGAGUUUGAAGAGGAUGUUGAGUAGACUUGGUGAGUCUAAAUCUAUUGAUAAUUGCAAAGCUAUGAUUAAAAAAUUUGAUCUUGAUGGUGAUGGAGUUCUUAGCUUUGAUGAGUUCAAAGUUAUGAUGAAUAGUUCUUAAAAUAGAGAGUUUUUAGAUUUAGAGAUCAUGUGUGUAUAUAUAUAUAUAUAUAUGAUUCUUUGGUCUUUUCUUGGUUGAAGAGUUCCACGUCAGACGUAGUUAGGUUCAAAUUUCAUAAUAUGGUAAUAAAGCAAGAUUCGUUACAA